AACCAUGAGCCUCUUCACAGUUUCUCUUGCGAUCGCAUCCCUGUUGCAGCUAUCGACUGCCCAGCCUCGGCGACGUCAUCAAGUCCACCAACACCCUCAUCGCCGAGCUUUCCUCCCGAAGCGAGCCAAGCUGACUGUGACGGACACGACCUUCACCAAGCCAACCGAGGUCCCUGAGGUCGUCGUCUACGUCGACCAAUAUGGCAACCUGGUUAGCACUGAGACCGAGACUAUUGUGAUUGUUCCGGCCUCCACGGCUCCAGCAGAGGUGUCGUCUGAGGCCCCUAACCCUCCCUCCCCGGUCGCGACCUUGGCCAGCCCGGUUCCUCCUACAGUGGAGUCCGGUGCCGAGCAGCCGACCACUGCAAUUGCUCCGGCUCCCGCCCCAUCGGCCGGGUCUGUUCCAGAGAAGCCGACUUCUAUAUCUGCUCCUGCGUCGGCUGUCUCUAAUACCACGCCGACCCAGUCUGCUGAACCUGACCCGGCCGUUUCUCAGAACAGCAAGUUGUAUGGCGUGACGUACUCUCCGUACAAAGGCAUCGGUGGCUGCAAGACGGCAACUGAAGUGGAGGCUGACUUCGCGCUCUUCGCUAAGGACUACGGCCUGGUUCGGAUUUACGGUGUGGACUGCGACCAGGUUGCCACUGCUUAUGCUGCGGCCAAGAAAUAUGGCAACAAGCUCAUGCUGGGCAUCUUCGACAUUAGCUCUAUAGACCAGGCCGUUUCGACCAUGGCUAAGGGCAUCCAGGGUGACUGGAGCAUGGUUGAAAUGGUCAGCGUGGGCAAUGAACUGGUCAACAACGGUGCUGCCACUGUUUCACAAAUACUCGCAGCCGUUGGCCAUGCUCGCUCUGGCCUGAGAGCCGCUGGAUACCAAGGCCCUGUCGCAACUGUCGACACAUUCGUCGCAGCAAUUGCCAACCCCGAGCUAUGCAAUAACUCGGACGUCUGCACCGUCAACGUCCAUCCGUUCUUCGACCCUCAUACGAGCCCGGACCAGGCAGGCGCAUUUAUCACUUCAACCAUCAGCCGUCUCCGCAACAACUUGUCGGACUCCAACAAGCGCAUCAUGGUGACCGAGACGGGUUGGCCGUGGCAUGGAAAAUCGAACGGUCUUGCGGUGCCUGGGAUGGACCACCAGGCUACGGCUCUCUCGUCGAUCAAGAGCGCCUUCUCGGACAAGCCAGCGGACUUGAUCCUCUUCACGGCGUUCAACGACCUGUGGAAGAAGCCUGAGAUGGCUACGUUCAACGCCGAGCAGUUCUGGGGUAUGGGAGGUCUCUAUUCGCCUGCUGAUAAGUAAGGGGGGCGAUGGAAAGGACCUUCAUGCCAGCUAGCUGUAAAUGGUUGCAGCCAACAUCAUGAGUUCAGGUUUUGCGAGAUUGAAAGGGAAGACUUCUAUUUUUUGUGAAAAUGUUCAUAGUGUAUUCUUGUUCGCGAAAGUUUCCGGACGUUGAUCAAUGAAUCAUUCAGAACCGACUUUGCUUUGUCCGUGUCCAAAAGCUCCUGUAUUAUCACGUCCGUGGUAUGAUCCAUCGAAUUGACUGGACUGCACUUUUUAUCAUGGUUAUACUAAUGUAAGACUAGAG